AUGCGUCAUAGAAAAUGAUAGCCAAAGCUUGUCCUUUCAUUUUCUGUAUUUUCACUUUGUUAGUGAUUAUACAGGGUCAAUCAACGGAUCCUGAAAGUUUAGAUAUAUAUUACAAGUGCUAUAACUACGCUACUUGCCAAACAACUGGACCAGAUCAUCAAAGACAACACAACUGCAUCUUCCAGAACGCAACAUUACAGGACUUGACAGAUCUCUAUGAAUUCAUUCAAAAUAAUGGAUAUUUCCACUAUAAGAGUAAAACACAACCAGAGGCAGUGAAAGAAUACUGUAAUUAUCAUCAACACCAUCAAAGAAAAGCCUUCGACCAAACCUUGAAAGGAAUUAUGGAUGGCACUAACUCAAUUUGCGGUAUGUUGAAUAAGCAAGAUGAGUGCAACAGACUCCAUAAAGCAUUGAACUGCUUCUUCCCUAUUUUGAAGGAUCUUCAUGCCAAAGGCAAAUGCUGAGCAACAUCAUACGAUUAUUUUUCGAACUAAUAAUGAUACGGAUUUGAUUUUUAUUCAUGUAUUAAACUAAUGACAUACAUUUACAUUAUUAUUGUAAAUUAUUAAUAAGUUUUCUGUUCGAGUGCAGUUGUAAUUUCUCCUAGAAUUUAAGAAAAAAAUGUCAGGAAGCAUAUCAACUGUCUUUUGUAUUC